AUGAACAACGAGUAUGAACAGCGCGUCGAGGACAUGGCACUGCGGCUGCCAACACUGCAAGCGAAAUUCCAAGCUCUUCAAUCAGCCUCAGCCCAAGACCAGCUAGACCUCCGGUCGGAUCUUGCUUCCAAGACUUCUUUAGCCGUGGAUGUACUGACGAAGCUGACCAAGCUGAUAUGUGGCCAAUUCGACCGAUUCAUCCCUCCUCCAGAGAUAAAGAUAAUUAUUAACGAGCUCAACUCAUCAUGGGAAGAAACCAGUAAAGCAGCAGAGAAUCUUCUGAACAAUAUUAACGACAACUACAUCAACAUUGUCGAUUUUAAUAAUGUCGGCUUGGGUCGCUGGUAUAAUCGAGCAGUCAAUCUACAGUCAGCGCUACAGGCAGCCCAGAAGUCUAUAAAACAAGACUACAAGAUUGAGAAGUCUAUACGUUCAUCUUUGUUUGAGGCUGGCCGAGAUGCAGAAAGACACGUCCAUAGCUUGCAGCAGACGCUGGAUGAAGCACAAAGCGAAUACAACAGGCUUGACCAGCUUGCGCUCAAUCCUACAAUGAGGAGGAUGACUUUACAACGCUUCGAGCACGCCAUGGCGAUUUGCACGUUUGACUUAUCAGACGCAAAGAAUGCCGUUCAAACGGCUAUUGAGCAAGGAAGCGCUACAGAACAGCGACUAAGAGAGCAAGAGUCAGCAGUGCGGGAAAUGAACAAUCUUGUAACCAUGCAAGCUGAUCUGAUAUCUCAAGGCUCAUCGCUACUUACCGAGUGUAGUGACUUGAUGGGAAGUAUAGAGCGUGCCGAAGAUGAGAUUUCCUGCAUUAAAUUUCAUCACUUCCGCGCUUGGCAGCUUAUAAAGAAGUUGGCCGACUGUUCUGAGUCUGCCGAGUUCGCUGUCUCCAAAGCAGCUUGUGCCAGUUGUAUACUGAUGGUCAUUGAUACUAUCCUUGACGACCAUACUCUCACGGCCCCUUUGACUGAAAUGGUUCAACACUUGGCAAACCACGAUGCUAGCGAGGGAUGUAUUCGCGGGAUCAUCACUGGUGACUAUCCUAAUGGUUUGCUUUCCGGAGUGCAAAGGGAAUUGGAGCUGAUUCGAAAUCGCUGUUCAGUGUCAGACUCUGUCAGCCCCAUCAGUAUUAAAUCCCGCGCUACUUCACUGUUCUUGAGUCGACUGCGACCGCACAUCUGGCCAUAUGGCUUCAUCAUCUUCAACGCAAACUGGCACACCCAGCACGAGAGAGGACUUAUUGUCCGUCCUUCGAGACACGCUGUCAACGAAACGGUGCGCUCGCGCCUCACCAAAGCUAACCUGUCAGAGCAACUGGCUGGCUGGUACCCUUACGCCUCCCGUGAAAAGCUAGAGGUCUUGACAUCCUUCCAAGUUUGGAUGUUCAUCAUUGAUGACCUUCUCGAUCAAUAUUCCAUCGUCGAAAAAUUCGAUUACAAUAAGCUGCAGGCCCUUCUAGAUGACUGCGAGGACUAUGUCGAGAAAAGCCUUGGUCUAUCAAGCAAGGAAGUUGAGCCAUCGACUCGUUAUCUAGACCACGACGCUGUCCUCUCAUUUGAGGAGUACGCCUCGACCGUUCGUCGCAUCUAUAGCGACAAUCCGAGUUACCGAAAGCGCAUCGCAAAGGAGGCCAUUGCUACCCUGAAAGCAUACCAAAAGGAAGCUUUCAAUCGAAGAAAUGCGCAUCUUCCUUCUCUGGAGGAGUAUCUUGGCUACCGGGAUGCAUCUUCCUGUAUGAAGCAAGUGGCGGCCAACAUCGAAUUCGCCAAUGGAUUUGACUUGCCUGAGCACGUCAUGGAAUCUAAAGAGAUUCGAGAUCUAUACGAUGCAGCCGUCAAAGUCAUGUGGGUCACGAAUGACAUGGUGAGCGUGCGCAAAGAGAUACGCGAAGGGUUCGUCGAGAACAUCGUGGUAUUGCUGGCACACGGCAAUAUGCAGCGGGGACUUGAUGCAUCACUCAAAAGGCUUCAGGUUGAGAUUAAUAGAGUGAACAAAGCUUCCGACGACGCUACCCGUCGAUUUGCUGGCGAGACAUUUGAGCACGACAUUGCUUUGCUGGCCAAGAACUGCAAGAAUAUGUGCCUAAGCGGAUGGUUUUGGAGGUGA